AGGGUUUCAAAAUCGUCCAAUUGGCACACCAUGUUGCAGAAACUGGGGUACACAAGUUGCCCCCACCAGUCUUACUCUAUCUGAAAAACAAUGGCAGAAACCAACGAUGGAAUAGACUCUGGAAUCUAUUGCUAACCGAAGAACUCAAGGAUAGAUUAGUAACUGUUGUAAUGGUGUCAUUUUAAGGGGACAGCCAACCGGAACGGAGUCGUUUUGCGGACUCGAACUGGCGAUGGGUGGUGGAGUUUCCAAUUCCAGCAGCAGCAGCAGUAGCAGUAGCAGUGAAGAUGGAGAUGCCGAAUGGAGAGCAGCGAUUGACUCCGCUGCUAAUAUGGGUUUCGGUAUCUCCACUUCUCAAGGGUUGAAUGUCGAACACCAUUCCAAAGUCUUAAUCGAUUAUACGGGCCCUUCAUGUCUCAAUUCUGAAGAAGACAUGCACGAUAAACACAAAUCCCAAGGUCUUAAGCUCUACCAAAUCAAGGCGCAAAAACUUUUAGAAGGCAUUCUGGACAAAAGCCUGGUUGUGGUGAGGAAACCCCUCUCUAUAUUGGAUGAUGAUCACCUGUUUGAUGAAGGUGGAGUUCGAUUAUUUAGACAAGCCCCUCCUGGCAUCGUGUUUGACCCUAUUGAUGAAGUUCCAAGGCCCAGAAAGAGACCAAAGCUUUGUCCUGGAGAAGCAAUUGAUGAGAAAUCAGAAAAGUUUAGACGUCAACUGCAAUCUGUAGUGGUUGACGGUUUAGACAUAAUGGCUUCUGCAAGAGUUGCAUGUCAAAAAUCGUUGGCUAGAUUUGAAGCUAGAGUGGCUGAGACCAAAGCAGCAUUCAAACAAGAGGAAGAAAGAGUUGCAGAACUCAAAAGAAUUAGGGGGGAGAAAUGGCUACCAUCUAUUGCUAGAGAAAUGCAGGGAUUGGUUGGGUGAUGGCAGCAAUGUUUUGGGGACCCAGUUCUAGAACCAUGAUGCUAUCCUAACUGGAUGUUGUUGUAACAGGGAAAGUAAAUGAAACUGUUCAACCAACAGAUCCACUCAAGUUUGUCUCUUUCCAGC